AUGGAUGGCGAGGACCAAUACUGUGGUUCCAACUACUAUGGCCUGGGAAUGUAUGAGGUGGAUAUGAAUGUUGAAGAGCAAGGUGUCGCAGUGGAAGCCGCAAAAGCAGGAAGUGGCCACUUUGGUGAAAAUGUAGGCCUCUUCGAUAACAAGAAGCUCGAGAGUGACAUGAUCCAGGAAGGCGAUGUAGGCCUUGUGGGUCACGGCAGUAGCCUGGAGCCCCGGCGACAGCCGCAGCCUAUGGAGAGGGAAGAAUUGGCUGCAGUGGUUCCGCUGCCCCGACGCAGGCGUCCUCGAAUCCAAUACAAGUUCUCAAAGUGGCAGUUGCAGGAACUGGAAAGUCUUUUCCAAGAAUCUCAGUACCCUGAUGUGCUCAGCAGAAGGGAACUUGCAAGACGUGUAUAUGUGGCUGAAACCAAAGUGCAGGCUUGGUUUAAGUAUAGGAGAGCCAAGCAUAGGAAAUAUAUGAGGGAAACCCUCCUGAGAAAUGCACCUACUUCUACCCAGCAUGAUGAUGAUGCCAUGAUGGAGGGGCCCUAG